AUGGGCAAGUCCUCUUCUGCAACUGUCCACCAGUCUAGUGGACGAAGCUCCUCCUCCGGGAGCAGCCGCGGCUACACGUCCUCCUCUCACUCCGGCUCAUCAAGCGGCUCGGGCUCCUACGCAUACGCUCAAGGCACAUACCGAAACUAUGAUUCCUGUAAUUACCUAUCACUAUCUACUUCUUUUCAAACAGCACAACUGACUCUUUCUAUAGCUUCUCGAACGUCUUCUGUAAAGUCUGGCCCCAAGGCCACCGUUAUCAACUACGGACAAACCGACUACUCUCGAGGCACGCCUACCCCAAGCUACGGUAGCAGUUACCGCCGUAGCUAA